AUGAGACUCACACACGAGUAUGUUUCGAACGCGCCAUCCCACCUUAACCCAUUGAAGGAGAGAGAGCUUGAGCUUAGGGGACUGCAAAUACCAGUUAUCGAGAACUUGGCUUCGCAUCAGGGAUCAUAUGAUACUCUCAACUUGAGCGAGAAUUCUAUAACCGUCCUCGGUAACAUCCCAAACUCUCCGCGGUUACAAGCUAUUCACGCUGCUGGUAACCAAAUAACGACUAUCAGUCCUUCGUUACCUCCUAAUGUGAGCCUGAUCUUCCUCACAGACAAUGUCAUCUCAUCACUCGCAUCCCUCAUACCGCUCGAACAAUUGAAAUCUUUACGGCACUUGUCCCUCAGAGGAAACCCUGUCACACAGCAAGAACACUACAAGGAAUUCGUUGUCUGGAAGGUGGCCGGGGGAAAACUCCACACUCUCGACUUUGAGCGCAUCAAAGACUCUCUCCGCGAAUCCUCCCGCAAACUCCUCAUCGACCCCGAGACCGAGCUCCCCAACUCUCUCGCCCACCAACUCUCCAUCCCCACAACAUCUGCCAUCCCCGCUUCCUCUUCUGCCUUUGCCGCGUCCGCGAGGGUGAACGCCGACGGUGCUGGUGCGGGCGUAAAGGGCGGAAAGGGAAGGUUGAUGACGCCGGAUGAGAAGCGGAGGGUUGUGGAGGCUUUGACGAGCGCGCAGACGAGCGAGGAGGUGAGAAAGUUGGAGAGGAUGUUGGCGGAUGGAAUCGUCCCUGAGGGUGGGAUGGAUGAGGCUAUUGGAAAGGAGUAA